GCCGGAGAGUUCAGUGCUGCUCUACCUCUAAUCUUAUCAAGUGUGUAUAUUUUUGGAAGCUUUGAAUCAUUGGUCAGCUCUAGUGAUAGAUAUAAAAGUUUCCUCCAUACUGCAUCUUAAUUUAGUUGCAAAAUAUCCCCUCGACGACUCAGAAGCGAACAGAGAUCGGUUCUUGGAUUUUUUUGCGUGCUAUUUCGCAACAAAAUACACCCAAAAUGUUUGAGUUAUUGCUUCUUGUGGCGGUGGCUUUCCUGGUGAAAUUCAUAAUUGACAAGGGUUAUAAGAAUGAGAACUUCUUCAAGGAUAGAGGAAUCAAGUCCCUAAAACCGGCGUUCCUCUUUGGAAAUUCAGGAAAUCUCUUCUUGCGCCGGAAAACCAUGAUAGAUUUUUUCAAGGACUCUUACUUCGCUUUUCCCAAUGAGAGACUGAUCGGAAUGUACGAGUUCCGAACGCCCAACAUCAUGGUCAGGGAUCCGGAACUGGUGAAGCAACUGGCUGUGAAAGAAUUUGAGCACUUUCCUGACCAUCGCAGUGUAAUUUCCAAUGAUGCUGAACCGAUCUUUGGCAAGUCUUUGAUUUCUCUCAAGGGUGACGAGUGGAGAGACAUGAGAGCCACUCUCAGCCCUGCUUUUACUGGCAGCAAAAUGCGGCUGAUGUUCGAGUUGGUGUCGCAGUGUGCAAAGCAAAUGUCAGCUUUUAUCGACAAAGAGACCAAAGCUAAAGGAGUUCAAACGUACGACAUGAAGGAUUUUUUCUCCAGAAUGACAAAUGACAUCAUUGCAACUUGUGCUUUUGGCUUUCAAGUUAAUUCCUUGGAGAAUCAGAAGAAUGAAUUCUUCAUGAAAGGCAAAGAAAUGAUGGACUUCACGAAUAUCUUCCGGCUUAUCAAAUUUAUGGUCUUCAUGGCGUUCCCUAAGGUCUUCGAGAAACUUGGAAUCAAGCUCAUACCGGAUAGUUUGACUGGAUUCUUCAAAAGUGCUAUUACUGAUACUAUGGACUAUCGAGAGAAGAACCAUAUCAUUAGACCGGAUAUGAUUAACCUUCUCAUGGAAGCCAAGAAGGGAAAUUUAACUCAUCAAACAACUGAACAUCAAGAUUCUGCCAAGGAUUCUGCAGGAUUCGCCACUGUAGAGGAGUCUGAAGUGGGGAAAGCAGGAGGAAAGAAGGUUCUAACCCAGGACGAUAUUCUAGCUCAGUGUUUCCUGUUCUUCUUGGCUGGCUUUGAGACUGUCUCUCAAGCUUUAUCGUUCCUCGCUUAUGAACUUGCAGUGAAUCAAGAUGUCCAAGAGAAACUCUACGAGGAAAUCCGUGAAAUUAAUGAGGAGUUGGGAAGUAAAUCUCUGAAUUACGACACUCUCCAGAAGAUGAAAUACAUGGACAUGGUGGUCUCUGAACUACUGAGACUCUGGCCACCCGCUAUCGCCACUGACAGGCUCUGUACGAAGGAUGUUUUGGUGGAGGUCUCAGAAGAUGUAAAAUAUCAAUUUAAAAAGGGAGAUUUCUUCAUGAUUCCUGUCAUUGGAUUCCAUCAUGAUCCAAAAUAUUUCUCGAACCCCGAGAAGUUCGACCCUGAGCGAUUCAGCGAUGAGAAUAAGCAUAAUAUCACCCCGGGAACAUAUAUUCCAUUUGGCGUCGGACCGCGAAAUUGCAUAGGAUCGAGAUUCGCUCUGAUGGAAGUGAAAGCUCUGCUUUACUACCUAAUUCUGGACUUUAUCAUCGAGCCUAAUGAAAAGACUCAGAUCCCUCUGAAGCUCUCCAAAGAUCCCGCCUUGAAAACGGAGAAGGGAAUUUGGGUGCAGUUCACGCCGAGAAACAAGGCAUAAUGAAAUCAUCAAUGAAAAAGAAUACACUUAACACACACACACAUAUUAUCAUUAUAUAUGUAUGACUGGGAAGAGAAAUAAAAUCGAUUGCACUAAGAAAGGAAAUUCUCACGGCAUUAAGGCGAUAACCAGUAGUGAAUCUCUUAAACCCAGCAUUUAAUACAUGUCGAGAUGUAAAAAAUUUAUCAACACAGUGUAAUCAUUUAAUCAC